AUGACGGUGAUGCUGUUGGCAAGAAAGAUUGUCUUGAAAUAUGUAAAAUCGUGUGAGCCAAACGUGUGUCAGAACGGCGGAAACUGCACCUCCUGCUUUAACGGCUCCAGCACCUUCUGUGACUGUCCUGAGGGGUUCGAGGGAAAAUUCUGCGAAAUCAACAUUGACGAAUGUGCCUCCAAUCCUUGUCAAAACGGAGGAACCUGCCAUGAUGACGUCAACUCUUACCGGUGCCGCUGUCAGCCUGGUUACGUCGGUGACAACUGUGAAACAGACGUGGACUGGUGUGCUCUUGUGACCUGUCCAUUUGACUGGACCUGCCAGGAUGACGGCACCCACUUCACAUGUCUUGCGCCAUUUGUUCGCACGGAGGAAACCCACCCUUGCAGCGGCGCCUCCUGUCCAGACGGCAUGUACUGCAAUGAGGACGGUACCUCGUUCUCGUGCUGGGCUAACUAA